AUGGCAACUAUGGAGCCACCAUGGAAACGACUGAAGGCGGCUCCGAAGCCACCAGCCCCAUCACAGCCUGCAGCGCCUGUCCGACCGCGAGUUAAUAUAAAGCCGGUAAUCGAUCUCGUACAGGAGACAGUGGAGUGGCCGGUCCAGCCUGUCCCUGAGGUUGUGAUUGAGCCGUGCUGUAGGCAUUACAGAGAUCUCACUAGAAGUACAGAGAAGGUCAAUUUGACAUUGUCGCGGCGAGGCGCUACAGAAGUGGUAGGAGAGGCUGUGGUGGAGUCCCCAGCAGAGCCUGUGAAGGAGGACCCAGAUUCCAAGGACCCCGAGGCGGUGUCGACGAUCUUAUGUACCCUGAGGGGGUAUCGUGAUCCGCGGUCCAUCACCCGAACUGAAGAUGGAUCUAGUGGAGUGGUGGCGGUGGCAGAGGAAUUUCGAGGCACCUAUGGCCACAUACGCGACAGGAAAGCCUCCUCGACGGUCAUCCUCGGGGACUCCAAUACUGAACAACAAGCGGCGCAGACGUCCUCAGUAUCGGAGUCGGACUCGAGCCGGGACGCCACGGUUACACCAAAGGGCGAUGGAGAGGAACGAAGCGUGGAGAGCCCUAGUCCGGUCAGGAGUCCGAGCCAGAUACCCUCGCCGCCGUGGAUGAGGGCAGCUCAGGCAGCAGCGGCCAGCAUGGCAUGGUUUGGGAAGGGCAAAGGGAUGCCCUUCAUGGGCCCGGCUGCUUUCGCGAGAAUGGCUGCGAUGAAUCGAAUGCGGGCAGCGCAGGCCUAUCAGGACCCCAGUUCGCAACAGAGGGAUAUGUUGGCAAGGGAGAGUAGCGAGGAGAUUGCCAGGCAGCACUCGGCAAUUCCGAACACACAAUCAGCUGUCCCUAUGGAUCCCCGCCACGCCGUCCCUCAGGGCAUGGUGCCUGGCCUGCAGUACCAACCGCCUCGGCCGGUUGCUCAGACUCCAGAAUGUCUCGUUCCUUCUAUGCCGUUACCACCGUACCAAGGUGGUGGAGGGCAAUUCCAAUCGGGUGGCGGCCUGCCCCCCUCCGAGCCGCCUCGGCCACCCCCCACAGGGAUUCAGCAGCAACCUCCGAUGCCACCAUGGCCACCUCGGGGUGUUCAGUACGGACAGCCUCCGAGAGGGACCGGCGGCAUGUACCGUUGA